UUCACUAGUUUAAUCCUUCAAUUGCCCUGCAAUCUGUUCUGCUGAUUCUAUCGUUUGCGAUGCAAUCCAUCCAUCAAUGCAUUUAGCCGUCAAAUGCCCACUUCCAGCAGAUUCAGAGCUCAGUUCUAAAUCCCUCCGCCCCGCCCGCAAUUGAGGACGGGGGAACCCAGAUCCAGCCACUGCACGAUGGAGACGGGACCCGAACAGUGGCUCUCGGCAUUGAUUUCGCCGGGGCGUAGCUCCUCGCCCAGAACGGAGAGGGACAAGAAUACCUCCUCCAUUGGGCGGCGGCUCAGUUUGGAGCAGAGCCGUGAUCGUACGCGGCCCCCCGGCGACGGAGGAGGAGGUUGGAUCGCGUGCUCACUGGCCCGACCCGCUUCACCGCUCCUGCAAUCAUCUCUCGGUGAUGCGACUACCCAAACGGUGAGACGGUUUAAGGGUACUAUUGACCGGCAUGUUCUGAAAAAUGCAGAGGCAACACGCUUGCAGCGAAGAAGAUUCAGAUUGAAGACGCGUAUAAGAUGCCAUUACUUGGACACAUCAGAACCAGAGGUACACCACACUUGGAUCAGACUCGUGCAAUUUUCUGGCAGAAAAAGAGACCGAUGAUCAAAGCUAAGGGAGAGAGAGAAGAAGACUGGCGGUCCGGCCAUGGAAGGAAUUAGAAGGGUUGCGAGGAUGAUGAUGGAUUUAGCACGGAAUAAAGUGGAAAGCGCGCGACAACGCCGACAUGCAUGGCCAUGACGCAAACUCGCGCCAAGAUGAGCGAGGCCAGGCUACACAUGCUUGUCUUACCAGAGUACGUAGGUAGCUGGAGAUCAAAGCAAAGUGAUCCAUACUGCUACCAGCACCAGUACGUCUACCGUUUUACAGACGCGAUAGAAAGCCAUGUUUUAAUCCUCCUAAAAUUUCCUUUCAUUUGAGACGCAUAAAAUUUCUUUGCCUAUCACAAAAGAAAAGGAUCGACUUCCCAAAGCCCUAGCUUUCCAUAUAUGCAUAGAAGGAGAUGGAUACCAUGCAUGAAUUAUCAUGAUCAC